AUGGCGGCCACCAACAUUGGAAUGAUGGAUGGAGCUUAUUUUGUUGGAAGGAGCGAGAUCCUGGCAUGGAUCAACUCCACCCUCCAACUUAACCUCACUAAAGUAGAAGAGGCGGCGUCUGGUGCAGUACAGUGCCAGUUGAUGGACGCAGUUCAUCCUGGGAUGGUGCCGAUGCAUAAAGUGAACUUCGACGCCAAGAACGAAUACGAGAUGAUCCAGAACUACAAGGUCCUGCAGGAUGUGUUCAACAAGCUUAAGAUCACUAAGCAUAUUGAAGUCAGUAAGCUUGUCAAAGGAAGGCCUCUUGAUAAUCUGGAGUUCAUGCAAUGGAUGAAGAGAUAUUGCGACUCUGUGAAUGGAUGCACGCUUAAGAACUAUAAUGCCUUGGAGAGAAGAGAUUCAUGCAAGGGAGGCAAGGAAGUGAACAAGAAAGUUUCAACCGUACUAACUUCAUCCAAAACUUCUACGAACGCUAGAACCAACUCAUUACAACCCAACAAGAAAAAUGAUACUAGUUCAGCUAAUGCAAUGCAGAAAGCGUCUAAACUUGCCACAACCGCUGAAGUUGAUACCUAUGAUGAGCAGAUUACAGAGAUGAAGUUAUUUGUUGAUAGCCUUGAGAAGGAAAGAGAUUAUUACUAUGCCAAACUUAGAGACAUUGAAAUACUCUGCCAGGGCCCUGACGUCGAGCAUUUGCCGAUAGUUCAAACUAUUCAAGGGAUAUUGUACUCUACAUAUAAUAACGGUUCUGUGAUGGAAGAUGAAGCACAAAUGAUGAUAUCACAAAAAGAACAGCUUUUUCUAAGUCCCAUCUUAGAAAAUUCAGCGGAACAAAUAAAACAGGAAUCACAAAAGAGAAAGAAUAUAUCAAGUCCUGAAUCAGAUAUGUUGUUCAGUUCAACAGCAUCACAAAGGCAACGCCUUUCUGACAUUUCGGAGUUUCAACACUGUGAAUCGCCAUUAACAAACUUCUGA